AUGAGUAAUUCCAUCUCCAACUCGCAGACCCCGCCCAUCGCCGCUUCCUCGACUACGACCGCGAACAACUCCUCCUCAGGAUCGUCCGCCACCGUGGCCGCUGGAUCGGCGCAACCCGCUGCCCGGAGCUCUUACGCAAACGCGACCAAGCCUGCAAUCGUGUCUAGCGCAACCCCACCCGUGGCAGUGGGAGCACCCCAGAGCGCGCAGCAUGGAAAGAGCUCCUCUGUCUCCCCGGUGAACGGCAACAGUGCCAUCAAGCCCGCCAUUCCCGCCAUGCCCACCAUUGUGAGCGGCGGCCCCAACGGCAGCGCAAACACUCAUGAGCGCAAGUCGUCUGUUCAGAUCAAGCAGACUCCGCCCGUCGCCACUGCAGGCGGCCCCCCCUCCGGUAUCAAGUUCGGAUCGCUCGCCGCAUCCCCAGCGCCUGCCCACGCCUCACCCGUAGUCCAGGGAAACCUGAACCCCCAGGCACAGAACCCACGCGUUGCUUCUCCAGCACAUUCACCCUCACCCAUUCCUACCCCCAUUUCUGGCGGCCCCAAGCCUGACGGUCUGCCCACUCGACCAAAUCUGGUGUUUGGUGGUCAAGGCGGUGAAGGCACCGAGUCAAACGCUCGCCCUACCAUGCCCCCUCAACCCAACUCGCAUUCGCUUCCUCAGGCUCAACACUUGCGCCGCGAAUCCUCCCAGUCUGCACACAGCGACAUGAGCAAUGCAAAUAUGGGUCGAGGCUACCCUCCUAGCCGCGGCCGUGGUGGGUACCCACAAGGACACUACAACCCACAAAUGGCAAACCACUCGCCACAGCCAUACCGCUCCAUGCCUCAACAAAUGGGUCGCGGUAUGACCCCGCCAUUCCAGCCUCCAGGCCAGAUGGCGCAGCGUUCUCCAUACACGCAGAACCGCAGCCCCGCUAUGACGCCCGCCACUAUGCAUACGCAACAGCAGUUUGCCAAUCCACAGGGUAUGCCAUAUUACCAAGGACAGCCCUAUGCUCAGCAGGCCAUGUACGGUAUGCCACAACCUGGCCUUGAUCCAUACAACAAUUUCUACCCUCAAGGUCAGGGCUACGGACUACAGCAGUCCAUCCACUAUCCAGGUGUUCCCGCCAGUCCCGGUCGUGGCCACGCCUUCCCUCCGCAAAUGCAGCCGGCUCCUUAUGGUGUUGCACCCUACAGCCACCAACCCCAGGCUCAGAGCAUGUCCCGUACGCCGUCUAACAUGUCGGAGCGCCCAUCAUCUGCUGUUCCGCAGCCAUCUACCCCUGCGAUGACCAACGUCAACCACAUCUCGCACACACACACGCCCAGCAUGGGAUCGGCGAGCCCAGCACCCACCACGAGCUUUGAACGUCCAAAGAGACAAAGCAAGGCCAUAGUUAUCAAGACUGCCGAUGGUGAGGUUGUCGACUUCAACAAGGGCAAGGGCUCAUCACCCGCUCCAUCUGCUACCGCAUCUGCCCCACCCGCUGCUCCCAGGUCACCAGCUAUUGCCGCUACUCCCACUCCUCCCCGCGCACCAAGCGCCUCUGAUGCCACUCGCGCUGAAGAUACUGCCGCUAAGAAGGCCGACUUUGUCAAGCAAUUCCAAGAGAAGCUCCGUCUCCAGGAAGAAGCUGAGAAGAAGGCCAAGGAGGCCAGUGAAGACGAGGCAAAGGCUGAGGCCAGCGCUAAGCUUGCUGCCAAGGAAGAGGCAGAGGCCAAGGCUGCCCUUGAGGCUAAGCAGAAGGAGGAAGCUGAAGCUGCCAAGAAGGCUGAGUUGGAUGCAGAAGAAAAGAAGCGUAAGGAGGACGAAGAAAUGGAGCGCAUGAUUGCCGAGAUGGAGGAAGAAGAGAGGAAGCGUGAAGAGGAGGAGAAGCGCUAUGCUGAAGAGAAGAGGAAGAAGGCCGAGGCUGAAAAGGCCAACGCUGCUGAGAAGAUCAAGCAGGAGGAAGAGCGCCUUCGCAAGCUCGAGCGCGAGGCUGAAGAGGCCGAGGCAGCUCGUGCAGCAGAGACUCCAGAACAAAAGGCCGAGCGCGAGGCCAAGGACAAGGAGCUCUUCGCAAGCCUCAAGAAGAACACCAUGUUUGGCCCUGGUGCCUCGCAGACCGAGGAACCAGCAGAGCCCGCUCCUGUGGUUGCUCCUGCGCCCUCCAAGACACCAACUGGCACAAAGCCCAAGCCAGCUGCUCUCAAGCUUGAAACCAACAAGUCUGUUGAGCCUGCUCAGCCAACUGCUGGUAUGCAAGCACUCAAGACUGCACGCUUCCUCGAAGUCCGCAACGAGAUUCAGUACCCGCAAGGCGUUUCAAGCCCUAACCCGGCUCUAAACAACAGCAACCGCAGCAAGGGCCGUCAGUACGACAAGGACUUUUUGCUCCAGUUCCAGGACGUCUUUAAGGAGAAGCCUUCUGUUGACUGGGAUAUGAAGUUGAAGGAGACUGUUGGUGAUGAGCCUGCUUCGGCUCGUGGUCCUCCAUCGGCUCGCCCUGGCUCUAUGAUCGGCGGCGGACGACAGCCUUCUCGCGGCGCUGGCGGCGGUGGUGGUGGCAUGGGCACAUUUGGCCAAGGCGGCUCAUUGGGAGGAGGUCGAACUCUCCCACCAGGUACGACAUCCGAACAGCGUUUCCAGCAAGCCCAAGGUGGACGUGGCUCUAUGACGAACCCUCUUGCUCAUGUCGUUCUAGGUGGUGGACGUGGUGGCGCAUUCCCUAUGGCACCCCCAAUGGUUCGUACCAGCUCGUACCAGAGCAUGCCCCAUGGACCCAAUUCUCCUCGUGUUGGCAGCUCUCGUGGUAAGGGAGGCGGCAGCCGCCGCGGUGGUAACAACAACGCUGCUGCAGACGCCAAGGCCAUGCCUCUUACUGCCGGUCAGGAGGUUAAGGCCCUCCAACGCUCGCAGACUGGAUGGGUUCCCCAAUCGAUUGUUGCGCCCGCAUCAGCCGCGCCGCCUUCAGGCCACAUGCCUCCUGACAUGGUGCAGCGUAAGGUCAAGGCUGCUCUCAACAAGAUGACACCCGACAAGUUCGACAAGAUUUCAGACCAGAUUCUCGAGAUUGCUGGGCAAUCCAAGGAUGAGACUGACGGCCGCACGCUCCGCCAAGUCAUUCAGCUCACGUUCGAAAAGGCCUGUGACGAAAGCCACUGGUCUUCCAUGUACGCCAAGUUCUGCAGUCGCAUGCUGCAGACCAUGAGCACAGAAAUCAAGGACGAGAACGUCCGAGACAAGCAUGGCAACCCUGUGGUUGGUGGUGCUCUCUUCCGAAAGUACCUUCUCAACCGUUGUCAGGAAGAGUUCGAGCGUGGUUGGGAAGUCAAUCUUCCCGACGCUCCCGAGGACGGCAAAGAGGCCAAGCUGCUUUCAGACGAGUACUACGUUGCCGCUGCUGCUAAGCGUAAGGGUCUCGGUCUGAUCCAGUUCAUCGGAGAGUUGUACAAGCUCGGCAUGUUGACGCUACGAAUCAUGCACGAGUGUGUACUCAAGCUUCUUGACUUUGAGGGCCUUCCUGAUGAGGCCGCCAUCGAGAGUUUGGUCAAGCUGCUCCGCACUGUUGGUGCCACCAUGGAGUCUGCCGAGGCUGGCCCCAAGAUGAUCAACAUGUACUUUGAGCGUAUCGAAAAGGUCAUGAACAUGGAGGGUCUUCCUUCGCGUAUGCACUUCAUGUUGCUGGAUACUGUUGAUCUGCGCAAGGCUGGAUGGAAGUCCAAGGACAACCUCAAGGGCCCCAAGACUAUUGCUGAGAUUCAUCAAGAGGCCAUGGCUGCUCAGCAGGCUGCCGAGAUGGAGCGCACACGUUCGAACCAGCGCGGUGGUGGUGGCCGUCUCCCAAUGGGCCGCGGCGAUGCCCGCUCAUUCUCUGGCGCUGGCAUGCAGCCGCCUCCCGACACUGGCAGUCGUGUACAGAUGGAUGACCUGCGCAAGCUUUCCAAGGGCGCUUCUGGCCGCAACCUCAACAACGCCGGCGCACUUGGUCCGUCUAUGCUCGGCAGCCGCAGCGGUAGCGGCCGUCGUGGUCUCGGCCCUAGCAUGAUGGGUCGUGGCGGUGACGACUCUGGAGCUUCUUCACGCACUGGUACUCCGCCUGUGCAGAAGGAGAAGGACUCGAAUGCCCAUGCAAAUGCUUUCAGUGCGCUAGCAGCCCUUAGCAACGAAGAUGCCGGCGAGGCAGCCUCUUCGUCGCAAGCUCCAGAAGAGAACUCUGCUGAGGCGGAGGCCAAGUCAUCCGAGUGA